CCAAGUUCACCGGAUAUUUAAACUAACUUCCAAAAUAUCGGUUCGACUUCAAAAUAACCUUUUCGUCGUCUGCAAUAUAUAUGCCCGGGAGAAGGUGAUGACUGCAUAUAGAUCAUGGCAACAGAGCAGGAGGAGUCAGCCGGGCCUAAGUCCUAUCCCUUCUGUGGUUGGUUUAGAGACUUAGAUAUCAACAAGCAGUGCAUAGUGGAGGUACCUCCUUUCAACAAAGCAUAUUAUCCCGAAGAAGUCACGUUCAGUAAUUCCAAAGGUGUGUCCAGCUGCAAGUUCUCGGAGGGCGUGAGUGUAGACCGGGAAUGGCAUGAAGAAAACAUCCUGCAGGAAGUUAAAGAGGUUUGCCCAAACUUUCCAAGUAGUACAGCAGAUCACUCGACACUGACACGAUUACUGACAGAAGGGGAUUACCGGUUGGACGUUCAAAGAUCAAUAAUUAAAGCAUUUGGCGAUCCCAAGCCAUCUGGCACUGCAGAAGAGCGUCUGCAUUAUUAUCUGCAGGAGUUAUUUGUCUCAAACGGUGGGAACGCUUCUGCAAAGAACAUGCUGCAAGAGGUGUUCAACCCAUUACUAGGAGACCUGGUUCAGCGUAUUCCACUUCCGACAUCACCAGAAUGUUCAAGAUACUUUUUCAGGGAUAAAUGGACAGAUUACUCUGAGGUACAGCUUUCACCAGGUUCAUCGACGUUUGAGCCUGAUGUGGAUGAGAAAAAACCGAAACUCGUUGUGCCUGAUCUAAUCAUCUUUCAUCCUCAUCAGCCACGUUUCUGCCUCAAUGUUGAAGUAGGUUCCGAUAAAGCAACAGUAUCAGACGCUAUCCAUCAGUGCUUCCAACAAAUGAUGACACAGAUGCAUUUUCAAGAUGUCCAUUUUGGACUGGUGAUUUACCCAACUGAGUGGAGUUUGAUAUUUGUGUCAAAGCCUGGACAAAAAAUCUUUCGAAUGAAGAAGAGCCUGUUUUCGAACAGAUGCAGAAUUUUGGAUGUAGAGUCAUUCAUUUCCAUGGUAAGGUGGACAGAAUGCAUUUUGAAGUGGCACACACAGGCAGUGUCAGCGCAGUAGAGUGAGUGUGUGUACCACUUCAAAAUUGAUUUUACGUAACAUUUUACAUAACAUUACGUUACAUUAUUAUUAUCUUAGUGGCAUCUACAUGUAUUAAGAGCCAUUAAGUCUUGAUUAAGAACAAUUUCAAUUUCAUUAAUACAAUUAGAUGAAUAGCGCAUGCAGGUAUCAUCCGCUAAUAUUCGUGCAUGACUGGUCAAAUCCUGAUAAAUAUCAUUAAUAUAGACGGAAAAAAGCAGGGGUCCCAGGACAGAACCUUGUGGAACGCCUGCAUUUAUAUUCAUCAAGGUUGAGGAGGAACCCUUAAGCACAACUCUUUGUUGCCUGUUAGAUAUGUAAUCUGAGAACCAAUUGUAUUGUAUCAUGUUUCCUAUUAUCUGUAUGUUUCGUUUGGUAUGGUCCAUCUAUGCCCUGUGACAUCUUAGGGGAUUGUAUGGUGGUGGUGGGCUCAUUCUGCCAUUAACCAGCCAACUUCAUCAUGCUGAAGACUAUGCAUGGUUUUGUGGUUUGCACAUGCAUCGGCGAUAAAAAAAAAGUGCUGGUAAUAAGCGUAAACAAGUUUGCAAAUAAGGUGGCAUUAAACGUAUAUACAGUUUCUUGUUGUGUAUACCCUUAUACUUUAAUAUGAUGCCGUUAUUGAGCUGGGAAAAUUUGUACUUUAGUCUUGAAAUAACAAACCAGGACAAGUCAUGACUUUGAAACUGGCUAUAUUUUGAAACAUCUGACAUCAAGAUGGGAACUGAAUAAUUGGCAGGGAAAUCAGCUCCCUAUUCUACAAUUGAACUGGUUCUGAGAAUGUUUUCAUUUAGAUACUUACAAUGUAUGUUCAGGUUAGGUCAGGUCAGGUUACUACUUUGGCAUGCUACUGGAAGAGCAAGAACUUUUUGAUGGAGAGUCAUUCAUCUCCAUGGUAAAAUGGACAGAGUGCAUUUUGAAAGGCACUGUCAGCGCAGUAUAGUGUGUGUACCACUUCAAAAUGGAUUUUGCUUUACAUAUUCAUCCAAAUAAUGACACAGAUCAGACUACCAUAGUAGUAUUAAAUAUAUCAAAAAGGGAAAAAAAUCGAAAACGAGGUAAUCUCGCGAGCAGGCAAAGUGCUGUACAUUAGCGGAUACGAUUCACGUGUAAAAAGUUGACCUGGGCGCGGAGGUUUUCUGGUUCCGGGUCAACUUUUUUUCGCUGACGGUAUACACACACAGAUAGCCUCUAACCAUUGAGCUCGCUCCAAAGAGAGCUCCCUAUAAAUCUAUAUUAAGAAUAAGCCCUUGACCUGUUCAACUGAAUUAGGUUGUAUUAUUGCGCUGAGUAGUGUUGACAUAGGCCUAUUGUGUUCAUUCUGUGGAGGAAGGUAGGAAGAUGUUUUGCUGAUGUAUUGCAUCCCUCUGUGCUCAAAUCACCUCUAAUGCAACCGGGGUAUAAAAGGCUGAGAAAAUAGGUCACCUUAUCAUUUGCUGUUUGAGCAUCAUCCGGAGAGCUUCUCACAGUGCAUCAUGUCAUGCAUUAUGGCACUAUGCAUUGGCAAUCGCCCCAUCAGACUGAUGGGAUGUUGCAUCUCACCCUGACACUACUCUAAGGAUAUACCAAUAGCACUAUACAAAAUGAGUGCUGAAACCUGGUUUAACUUGUCUUGAAAUGCUGAAAUAUAUUGACAUCUGAUUUUUGCCUGCAGUCAGCCUAUAUACACAUGUAUGUAGCCUAUGUGUAAAAUGUACACUGAGUGAUAGACAUCCACGAAAUCUUGGAGUCAGCCGUCAGGGGGUUCAAAUUGGCCAUCUUCAGGUUACUGAUAAGCACAGUAAGGGCACUGGGUCAUGUUUGUUUCAGUGCUAAAUACGUAAGCAUGUAUUUUUUCGAGGGCUAUUGGCAACAUCAUGUAGGCCUAGGCCUACUGUGUUGAUCUCGCCUAUAUAUAUAGCAGAUGCCUAUUUGUAAAUACAGUCCCUUUAAUCGGACAAUUUCUGACCUAAUCCAGAGUUUACGGAACCAGGGUUUAAUUAUUUCGUUAUAAAGCAACGUUUUGCAAGUCACAUCCAGGAGUUUAAGUUCCUUUACACUAUGGAGUUGUAUACAGUUGAUGCCCUUGAAAUGAAAUGAAGGUGUGUGCAUGUAGUAGUGUUGAUGAUUAUGCUGGGACUUUAAGUAUGUUAAUAAAUGUAUACCACUGACUGCCAAUAGAUCUGUGUAAUGAAA